AUGCUCACACUUGGGAUGCAUACGCUUCAGCUCCUAUCCCUGAUUCUUUAUUUUGCUGCUACUGUUUUCGUGCCGGCGCUGAAGGUUCCAUCAAAAGCCGUUGUGCACCUCGUGGCACAUACACACAGUGAUUUGGGAUGGCUCAAAACCGUUGACCAGUAUACUUACGGGUUGAAUAACAGUAUUCAGUUUGCCGAUGUGACCACCAUUAUCAACAGCGUUGUGGAGGGACUACUGGCAAAUCCAGAAAGGAAGUUCACUUACGUUGAAAUCGGUUUUUUCUCGAGGUGGUGGUCAAGACAAUCAGUGAGCAUGCGGGAAAAGGUCCGUGGGUUGGUCGCCAAUGGUCAACUGCAAUUUGCCAACGGUGGUUGGUGUAUGCAUGACGAAGCCACUACACACUAUAUUGAUAUGAUCGACCAAACGACGCUUGGCCACCGAUGGUUACUGCGGGAACUUAAUGUGGUACCGCUUGUUGGAUGGCAAGCCGAUGCAUUUGGGCAUAGUGCCACACAAGCAUCGCUGUUGACGUCGCGUGCUGGUUUCAAUGGAACCUUUUUCGCCCGCAUUGACUACCGUGAGUAUGAGGAUCGUGUGAAGCGAGGGGGACGGCAGUUCUGGUGGGACGCUAGUCCGUCGCUACCUGACCUGAAAACAUUUGCUGAGGCGAACCUGCACGCGACCUAUUGCUCAGCAGCGGGGUACAAAUGGGAUCUUGCUGAUCAGUUAGAGAGUGCACGGACAUUCACUCAAGCGGAUGAUAUUAUUGACGAUAAUGCGUCCGAGCGGUACAAUGUUCCAGUUGUUCUUAAGCAUUUCAAGGAUGAGGUAGCUAGGAGUUUGCAGGCCACGCGUGGUGCGAACGUCAUGUGGACGAUGGGAUGUGACUUCACUUAUAUGGUGAGCGAGUUUUGGUUCGGCAAGAUGGACAAAUUAAUCAAAAUUGCCAAUGAUGAUGGUGAGUUUACUGUGCGUUAUUCCACGCCGUACGAAUAUAUGAUGGCGAAGCUGGAUGAGGCUGUGAAUGCGAAAAUCAAAUAUGAGACGAGCACGGGCGAUUUCUUCCCGUAUGCAAGUGCCGCUCACGAGUUUUGGACGGGAUUUUACUCAUCUCGACCGACUUUGAAGCGACUAAUACGGAUGUUAAGCAGUUAUUGGGUUGCGUCCCGGCAGUUGCAAUUCCUUGCAGGUGUGCCAUCCGGUGAUCUGCCACUUCUGAGCGAUGCGCUCGCCAUUGCACAACAUCAUGACGCGGUAACGGGAACGGCGCGGCAACACGUAACAUUUGAUUACGUCAAACGACUUGUGGCUGGAUAUAAUGAUGAUUUCUCAGUUCGGCUUCGUACCGCACUUACUGGAAGAUUGUUUAACCUCAGUAACGUAAGUCACUGUUUGCUGUCUAAUGUGUCUGCAUGCGACGCCACCGCCACUGGACUAGCAAAAAAAGGAUCAAAACUGACGGUGAUGGUAUGGAAUCCGAGUGUCCACCCAAAUGUGAAUACCUUUCUUCAAAUACCCGUUCCACGAAGGGAUAUCAGAGUAGAGGGUAACGGCGUGAAGUCCUUUUCUGUCUAUGGUUCACCCACUCAGGUAAGUGAUUAUUCCAAUGUCAAUGCGAAUUGGCAACCAUAUACAAUUGGGAUAAUUCUUUCGUUGGGGAAAACCUCCUCUCUUACUCUGAGCACACCGGGGAAGUAUGAUAUUCCACGGAAAGAAUCACAUGUCGGAUAUUCGCUGAAGAGUGUGGUAUCCCGUGAUAGGCGUGGAGGUUUUACGCUGACGAGUGACCAUCUCAAGGUGCGUUUCGGGGUGAACGGGCGGCUAAAAAGCAUUGAGGUAUUGUCUGUUGGACAAGAGGUGUUGGUGGAGCAUGAUUGGUGUUAUUUCAAGAGCAGUAGAGGGGAAGACCCGAGUGGUAUAUCUGGUGGGGCGUACAUAAUGCGUCCUGUCUCUGAUAAUGUUUGUGAACCGAUUAGCACCGAUAAAGUCGAGAGUAUUAUCAUUGAUGAGACGAUUGGUAUUGUGGAGCAAAGGUUCGGAAACGACCUCGUACAGCGAGUCAUUCUUCACGGGGAUACGGUGGACUUGGAGUUUACUUCUCUGGGUAUUCCAGUAAAAGAUGGAUUUGGACGUGAACUCGUUGCCCGUUUCAGCACGUCAGUGAACAAUAGUGGCAUUUUCUACACGGAUAGCAAUGGUCGUGAAAUGCAACGACGUGAGGUGGAUAAACGACGGAACUACCCGUUUGUUCAAACGGAGUCUGUAGCCGGCAACUAUUAUCCGGUGUCAAGUCUCAUAUUCAUUAAUGACACCGAAACACAGUUCAAUGUGUUCACUGAUGCGGCGAUGGGGGGCACAAGUAUAAAUAACGGUGAGGUGCUGCUCACUACGCAUCGCCGGCUUUUGCUAGAUGACCAAAAGGGUGUUUCAGAGCCAUUGAAUGAAACGGAAUUCAUUACAGCCUAUGAAGGUGAUCCUUCAAUGAAUGAAAAAGGGCGCGGCAAACACUACGGUAAUCCGCUACGUGUGCGUGGUACACUUACCAUUUCUGUAGGUCGAAGUGGGCCGUCAGCCAUGCGCCGCGUACGUGAGCAACUGGAUGAGAAGUAUUUUUCUCCAAUUGCUGUAUAUUCUACUGGCUCUACGCCGAACCUAAACUGCUCCUUGGAGUUGACACAAAUAUCACCCAGUGUGCAGAUAAUAACGACGCAGUUACUCAACAAGACCACACUUCUACUCCGCAUUGCUCAUCGCUAUGCCGUAGGUGAGGAUGAUGAGCGCUCUAAAUCCGUUGAGGUGGAACUGCGAUCUCUUAUUCCUAACGAGCUGGAUUACAAUGUUGAGAGCAUCGAUGAAGUAUCGUUGACGACGAAUACCCUUUUGCGGAAUGGACUGGACACAGUCGUGCUGAAACCGAUGGAUGUACGGACAUUUUUAUUUCACAUGAGGGAGCACAAGUGGAGGGGCAUGUCAAUGAGCUGCACGGGUGUGUAA